GGUGGGUGAUGGCGGCGAUGGUGGCAGGGCCGUAAGGGGAGGGCGAGAGCGGCGGCCCGGGGGCUCCGUGCGGGCCCUGCCCGUGCGGGCAGUGCCGGUAGUGCCGGGAGGGCUGAGGUCAUUGCUGGCUCUGCCAGUGAACAAAGUGAAGCAAAAUGUUAAUAUCACGGCUGAGUUCACAGUUACUGAAGGCUUCGAGAAUUGCAGGCCACCUCUUGCCCAGGUCAGUGUCCUCCUUCCUCUGCUGCCGCUCUCCAUCCGCACGCUACAGCACCCAGCCCCCUAAUACAAGUGGGGCCCAGCCCCACCAGUGGCACAUGCUGGACCCUGAGCUGGAGGAGAUCCUGAUUCCUAGGAAACUCUCCAUCAGCCCCUUGGAGAGCUGGCUGACAGUGAGGUACUCCCUCCCCAAAGUUGAGGGGGCUCAGGAAGAAGUGAGCCAUGAAAGCCCACAGCCUUCCGAGUGUCCCCCUCCUGCUGGGACUGGGGAUGUUGGCGAAGGAGAGGAAGCCCUGGGUGACAAAGUGCAGUGCAGAAAUGUCCUGAAGAUCCGCAGGAGGAAAAUGAACAGGCACAAGUACAAGAAGCUGCUCAAGAGGAGGAAGUUCAUCCGCAGGAGGAUAAAGGAGGGGCGCAAGAAGAAGCGUCAGAUAAAAUUUGAGAAAGAUUUGGAGCGCAUCUGGAAAAAAGCUGGCUUGAAAAGUACUCCUGCAGGGUGGCAAACCCCCAAGAUCUACCUGAGGAGUUCCAGGCGUUAAAAAAACCCACCUGUCAUAAAUUUUAACCUGCAGUUGUAAUUAAAAAAAAAUAUUUACUUAUGUUGAUGACAUUUAAUCUUUUUCUGAUUGUGAUGAAAAUAGUAGGAAGGAGUUUUCCAAGGACAAACUGGCAGCUUUUCCUCCCCAAAGCAGAGUUGUGAUCGCUUUUCUGGUGGUUUGGCACUGCUGUCCUGUGAUCAUUGAUGAAUUUCUGAAGUCCGUCUUUGAGAUGAGACUGAACCUAAGAAAAAUCAGAUGUGGGAGAUGGGAUAAGUGAAAGAAUUCCUGUUGUUUAUAUGGCACAAACCUUUGGAAAAGUUCUUUUCUAAACUUCAUUCUUUCACAGCCUUAGUGCAGAAAGGUUGGGGUUUUCCUAAGAGUUGUGGUGAGAUGGGAAUUGGAUCCAAAUUCUAUGGAAUUUAUCUGCAAGAGCUUUUGUUGUCUCAUCUGGAGUCUUGGUGUGCAGGUGCCUUGGGCAUUGUGUGAGCAUCCUUAAAAGGCACAUUUAUUUUUGUGUUCUAUUUUGUGCUAAUAAGAAGUGGUUAUUUUUGUCUUUGACUGACCCCUGUCAUGUAGAACAUCCAGAUAUUCAUCAAAGUAGAAGCUCAGAGCUAAUUAUUCAUUAACUACAAAAACUCAUGUGCCUGAGACAAGCCUGAUACAAUCAGCUGGUUUUGCAUGGUUGAAUUGUGAAAGCUGUGAAAAAUACAGCUAAAAUAAACCCUAUCAGAGGACUUUUUAUUUGG